AUGGGGCUUUCCAGCACCGAUCCUUCGAGCACUGGAUUUAGCGACGAUGUCCUCAAAGUCGAGAUCUCGGGCCCUGAAAAACCGGAGCUGACUUUGGUCGACCUUCCGGGCCUCUACUACUCUAGUAGCAGCGAACAAAACGCACAAGGAAUGGAGAUAGUUCAAAGGCUGACGGAAAAGUACAUGAAAAGCUCCCGGAGCAUCAUUCUGGCUGUCAUCAACGCAAGAGCCGAUUACCAUAUCCAGGUCUUGGGUAUUGUCACGCAGCCUAAUAUCCCCGAAGCGGGCUCAGAGGAACAAGAAACUUAUGUACAGUUCAUCAAGAAUGAAAAGGUCAAGCUGCAACUUGGCUGGCAUGUACUGCGCAACCGCUCGUUCGAGACGCGCGACAUCUCCGAUGAUGCGCGAGAUGUUCAAGAAAGGGAGUUCUUUGAACGGGGACGUUGGGCUUCCCUCCCUCGAGACCAAGUUGGGAUUGAAAGUCUGAGGCAUCGUCUUAGCAAGAUCCUACUUGGUCAUGUCCGUCGCAAUCUUCCUGGCCUCAUUGCGGACAUACAAGAAAGGAUCAUUCGUAACGAGCAGGCACUGGCAAAAAUGGGCGCGCCGCGCACAACUCUUCAGGAGCAACGCCAUUUUCUUGUCGAUAUUAGCAGCAGAUUUGCACGGAUCACAAACCAGGCCUUGAAUGGAUCGUACGUCGAUGAAUUUUUCGGUGGAUUCAAAGACCAUACGGUGACCACAGAAGAAACUCCUUUCCGCCGACUGCGGGCAGUAUUCCGUGAGCUUAAUGAGUGCUUUGCUGAAGCGAUGAGCAUUCGUGGGAAUCGGCGAAUUAUUCAAUUCCCCGAACAACCAUCGCCUGUCGAGGACGUCGAGCAAGAGAGAUCCAAGCCUUACAUGGAUGAUUGGACACCGCUGUACAUUUCCCAGAAGUCUCUUAUGGAAGAGAUCAAAGGACAGGCCCGGCAAAGUCGAGGAAUCGAGCUACCAGGUAGCGCAAACCAGCUGCUUGUGGGCAGUUUGUUCCGAGAUCACUGCGAGCCCUGGGAAGAAGUUGCUAAAUCCCAUCUGUUGAAUACCUGGGCUUCGGUCGAGUACUUUAUCCAGCUGGUACUGAAAAACCUCACGGACGAUCACACCCGCCCCUUGCUCAUGCGGCACCUCAUCGGACCGGAAAUGGAGAAAAUGAAGGAGUCUUUGUUAGAAAAGCUCAGUGAAUUGACUUCGUACUCCAAAAGGGGCCAUCCGCUCCCCGUGGGGAAAUCAUUUCUCUCCAAGAUCCAGCAGUCCAGAAAGAACCGACAGGUUUCUGCGUUGAAAAGAACCCUCCACUUGCCUGGGUCUCACCCUUCAGCCGGAGAGGAUACUCGAAACACGUUGGAUGUCCGAGAUCUGGAGCGAGCAACAUCUCAGCUACAGUCAUCCAGCGAUAUGUUUGCGGCAGCAGAGAUCAUUGAUCAAAUGCAGGCCUACUACGAGACUGCGAUCGUGACAUUUGUCGAUAAUAUUGCCAUCUUGGCAAUCGAAAAUUGCCUUCUUUGCCCUCUAGAGCACAUCUUCACCGGCAAGACUGUACUUAGUAUGAAUGACCAGCAGAUUGGAGAAAUUGCAGCAGAGCCAUCGAACAUUCGGAAGGAUCGGGAACGUCUGAAUGAAGAGCUCAAAAAGCUCCGAAAGGGAAACCAGACUCUCAAUGCCUCCAGUGCGGCAGACUCUUCGCUGCGUCCUCGUCCUAUCUUGGGACUGUCAAAGCCCCGAACCCAGACCCCAAGCCUUACAGACACGGCUGCUCAGGUGGCGCCCAAUACUCCUCGGCCUGGGCUGUUCCCGCAAGUUUCAACUGCUUCCACUGGGUCUGUCGCGGCUCCUUUACCGACCCUUCCUUUAAAUCAAAAUAAAGGAGGCAUUGGUACAAGUCAGGCUUCUCUAUUCCCUUCCGGUCUGGGUACAGGAAAUAGCGGGUCUGGAGCUAACAAUGCAGCCACUGCCACAUCCAAUCUGUUUGGUUCCUCGCCCGCUAUAAAAUUGACUACCGGGAAUGUAUCUGGCUUCACGGGUGGGGAGUUCGGUUCGAACAAUCAAGGCGUUGGCUUGUCGUCCUCUCCAUUUGGAGGUUCGACUAACCCAACUACCACAAAAAAAAUGAAGCCUCGCUUUGACGCGACAACAUUUCCAGAUACCAAGGGAUACAAGCCAUUGUAA